AUGACUCUUAAAUCAGCUAAGAAAAUACAGAACUUUCUGGAAAAACAAUAUUAUGGAGAUGAACGAAUUCGAGACAUGAAGGUCUUAAACCUGGUGAGGGAAUUUGAAAUGCAAAAAAUGAAGGCAUCUGAUACAAUUAAAGAGUACUCAGAUAAACUUAUUAGUUUUGCUAAUAUAGUAAAGUUACUUGGUGUCGAAAUUUCCGAUACAAGGAUUGUGCAGAAAAUCCUUGUUACUUUACUUGAAAAGUUUGAAGCAACAAUUUCUUCACUGGAAAAUACAAAAGAUUUGUCAAACAUUACUUUGGCAGAACUUUUAAACUUCUUGCAAGCACAUGAACAAAGAAAAAUGACAAGGAACGAAGAAACUGUUGAAAGAGCUUUGCAAGCAAGGCAUCAAUUCAAUGUCGAAGACAAAGGUAGGAAGCAGAAGUUAAGAAUAGCUACGCUACAUAAAUAG